UGUCAAAUUUUAAUUAACUCAAAUGUCUCAAGUUCGCCCUGUGGUUCCGCGUUUGCUGCAUUUCGAAGACGCUUUGCAGAAGACAGGAUGGGGGCUUUAUUAUAAAUUUUUAGUUGGAUUUGCUUCGGCAAAUUUAUUCACCAACGGCUUUGUGUUUUUGUGUUUGCACUUUGCACUGCCGUUAUCUGCAUGUGAUACGGUUUUGACCAAGGAUGACAUUAUAUCAAUCUAUGUGUGCUUUAAUUUUGGAAAAGCUGUGGGUGGAUUCCUCCUGUGUAGUAUUUCUGAUAACACUGGAAAAAGAUGCAUGAUAUCAAAAAGUCUAAUCAUCAUAUUUGGAAGUUGCUUCAUUUCUGCAUUUUCGCAUAAUAUGUACACCCUGUAUCUGGCAGUAUUUUUCUUAGGUUCUGGACUCCAAGCAAACAUCGCUUCCGUCAAAAUUUAUUUGGCUGAGAUUUUACCAGUCGAGAAAAGAGGUUUUUACAUCAUUCUACCGGAUAUUUUUUGGACAAUUGGUUGUUUCUCCACAGCAGUUUUUCUAUACUAUUUUGGAGCCUUCAAUUCUGAUAUUACUGAGCACCAGGGUAUGGACAUGAGAUUAACUUCUUGGAGGAUCAUUUUUGCAAUCGGAGGUGGAUUGUGUAUUACAAUGGGUUGUACUUCGGCCCUUUUGGAAAUGAGUCCUCGUUUUUUAUUGUUCAAAAGGAGGAUCAUCACAGCAACGCUGAUUUUGAAACAGUUUUAUGCCAUCAAUAAGUCGAAAUAUAGCGAAACUUUUGAUGUCCAGUCGCAACAACUGGUGGACUUGAUAUCAGACUACAACAUAAACAUUGACCCAGAGCCCGUAGGCAUGAUCCAACAAAUGAACGUUAUGGUUAAAGUAAUGCUUCGAAUGUUGAGAAUAAUGUUGAGAAGACCUUUCAUCAAAGUAGCCCUAGUCAUAACUAUAACCAAACUGCCAACUUUAUUUGGAUUACCCGGCACAAUUAUUUAUCUGGCACAGAUUGUAGACAGAAAAAUGGAAACAGUUACAGGUGGAAAUUUUAUUCAUCUCAAUCUUAUUUUCCACGGCAAUUGUUCCGUGUCCUUGGUAGAACGAGAAUAUGAAAACUUCCUCCUAAUUUCUAUAAAUAUGCUCUUCGGGCAAAUAAUGUUGCUGUGCAUAAUCGAUCGAUUCGGACGUAAAUUUCCGAUUUUUGCAGGACUGACUCUGUGCUCUUUUACGAGUGCUGUAUUGGGGUACAUCGACAACGUCCCAAUGUUGGCAAUAUGUUCGUCUUUUUUCACCAUUGGACUGACUUUAGUCGAAUCGACUCUUUUUGUGGUCGUUGUCGAAAAUUUUCCAACGGCUGUCAGGGGUACCGCUUUAGGUGUAACCUAUUUUUACGCCCAUGUGACAUCCUGUUUCUUGUACACCUUCCUGGACAUGUCACGCCACAACUUUCACUUACUUUUCGCAGCUUUCAUACUUGGGACGUCGGUGUUGGCGUGUUUCAUUCCCGACAUGAGGAAAAGGCCGUUGGUGGAGUGAUGACAUUUCUUUCUUCUCAACCUACUGCUAUCUAUUAAAAAAUAUGUAUUUUUUAUAUUUUGUAAAUAAUAGUAAAAAUGUGA